AUGGGUGCGACAACCGUUGGACCAGAGCCUGUGGAAUUAUACAACAAUAUAUUCGACGCCAUCCAUUUCCGCAAGGGGAUGGUUGCGAAUUCGGCGAGUAAGGACCUGAAGUACGUCUCACUUGUCGUUCUAAUCGCUCAAACAACCGCUCUCGUGCUAAUUCUCCGUUAUUCUAGGACACAAAACAAUGAAGGACCGAGAUAUUUGUCCUCAACAGCUGUGGUUAUGGCUGAGAUUGUGAAGAUGGUCACUUGCAUCUUGGUGUUGUUCUACAACCAUGGUUGGCGAUUGUCUUCCUUCCAAAACGAGCUUUACGCCGAAGUUGUUCAGAAAAGAAGCGAAACGGUGAAGGUAGCUGUACCAGCUAUUCUUUACGUCAUUCAAAAUAACUUGCUUUUUCUAGCUCUCUCUAAAUUGGAUGCGGCUACAUACCAAGUUACAUAUCAACUAAAGAUCCUCACAACUGCCCUCUUCUCUGUAACGAUGCUUGGACGAUCAUUAAAUCGUCUGAAGUGGUUAGCACUAUUACUUCUCACUGGAGGAGUUGCUCUAGUUCAGAUGCCAGCAAGUGGAUCAAAUAAGAGUGGUGUAAGUCAAAGCGACACCUCGGACAGUAUUAUCGGCUUACUAGCUGUGCUAGCAGCCUGUUUCUCUAGCGGUUUUGCCGGAGUAUAUUUCGAGAAAAUCCUCAAAACAACAAAUGUUUCCUUGUGGAUGCGUAACCUCCAACUGGCUUUCUUUUCCAUUUUCGGCGGUUUCCUAAUGUGUUGGCUUUAUGACUGGAAUGCAAUUGAGAAAGACGGCUUCCUCCAGGGAUACAACACAAUCAUUUGGAUAGUUGUUGCCUUGCAGGCGUAUGGUGGAUUAGUGAUUGCCCUGGUAGUGAAAUAUGCGGACAAUAUCCUGAAGGGAUUUGCAGUUUCCCUUUCAAUCAUUUUGUCAUCUUUCAUUUCGUGGUGGCUCCUGGCCGAUUUCACGCCUUCUUUGAUGUUUGCGGCUGGUGCGACCAUAGUGAUAGUUUCGACGUUCAUGUACGGGUAUGAGCCGAAAUUACCGACUCCACCACACACAGCGCUUCCGACAGUCGUCUUUGACCGAGAGGACGAAACCCUUGUGAAAAAAUAG